UGCUAUGAACCUAUCAGUUUGUUUGUUUUUCUGUUUGACUCCUUGUUUUGUUUAAUAUUGCAAUUUAUAUGAUAGUAUUAUGGGUUUGUUAAACUUUUCAAUGUGCAAAUGUUGGAAAAUGAAAUAUCACAGCUGGAAAUCAAUGAAAGUGGAAAUUCAGAAGAAGUACCAUCUCCACCCUAAAUGACCAUAGCCCCUCCACCCUUAUUUGUUUAUUACAUUAUAUAACUGCCCUUGUAUACAGACCCACAAUGUUUCUCUUUCAAUAUUUCUUACACGUACACCAUGUAUAUAGUUUCACUCACAUAUAUGUAUACAUAUACAUUGCUUUUUAUUUUAUUUUAUUUAUUUAUUUCCCCCCUUUGUUGUAUAUUGGUUUCUCUUCUUCUUACUUUUGCACCUUUGUGGUCAAGCUACCCAAUUUCGCCGUGCAAGAAACAUCACAAUCACAAUAAAAAGCUCUAAGUCUAAGUCUUUUCCUCAUUAAUGCACAUCAUAGAUAACUAUGUAAUGUGUCUGUUGCACACUUUGUAUGUCAGGAAUAACCAUAAAUGUGUUGUCUUACAAACGGCUGUAUCAGGUCUUUGGAUCCACAAUAAGCGUGGAUAACAGAACUCCUGGAAAGCAAAAUAAAAAAAAAAAAUCUGGUUCUUGUUUUUAAGACAGUCACCUUUAGUUUCACGCUGAGUGAUGCUGGAUUGUUGCAGACAAACCUGAUUAUGUUUCCCACUGGGUUUUAAUCUUCAGAGGCAACACAGAGUAAAGAGAAGCAUUGUUAUUUCAGUUUAACUUUAGUCUCAGUUUAGUUUUAUCCCCUUGUAAAUUUGAUAAGAGCCAAAUUGAGGAAACAAACUCAGUGUGUGGCCAGAAAAUGCCAUGGUGUCUUACAAACACAUGUCACAACAAAAUAUGAAGGAUAAGACAACACAUGUAUAAUGGAAAGAGACGCAGAAGAAUUCAUCUCUUUAGGCACUAGGAUCAGCACCUUCACGCAGGCUGACCUGGCAUCACGCAGCAUCCAGUACGUCCACACCAGUGAAGAAGAGAAACAUGCCGACCAGUUCUCCUUCACCGUGUCCGACGGGACAAAUGAGGUUGCUCAGACUUUCUACAUCACUAUCAAGCCUGUGGAGGACUCCCUGCCUCUUCUUCAGGUCCCUGGCAUGAGGGUGCAGGAGGGUGUGAGGAAGACCAUCACUGAGUUUGAGCUGAAAGCCACCGAUGCAGACACAGAGGGAGACAUUGCAGGCGAUAUCAUUGAGCCGUCCUUCCUUUCCCUGCAUUUUCCCUCCUAUUACACCACCUUCCUCCAGGCGGAGUCCAUCGUCUUCAGCGUCAUCCAGGCUCCUCGACACGGCACCAUCAAACGCACCAUCAGCGGCCAACACUACCGACAGAUAAGCAGCUUCACCAUGGACGACAUCGACCAGAACCGCAUCAGCUACAACCACGACGGCUCCAACUCGCUCAAAUACCGCUUCACCUUCACCGUGACUGACAGCACCAACCUGCUCUUCAUGGUGCAGGACAACGGAAAAGAGCUUCUUCCAGACCCGCAGAUGAAGGUAGCUGGAUCCUCCCACAUGAACCUGCAGUCAAACCAGAGGAAACUUGUACUUGUUGAACACUGAAGAUCUUCAAUCUGUUCAACAGCUCAUCUGGAUCUCACAAGUAACUCAGUCCAUAAACACUUUCUUUAUUUUCUUCCAUUAAUAAUCACUGUCAUGUAUGAUGUCACAGUUUUAAUUACCU